CUAACCACAGCACCGAACUCGCCAUGUCCCACAGGAAGUUCGAAGCCCCCCGCCACGGGUCUCUGGCCUUCUUGCCGCGCAAGCGCGCUGCCCGUCACAGGGGUAAGGUCAAGAGCUUCCCUAAGGAUGACUCCAAGAAGCCCGUCCACCUGACGGCUGCCAUGGGUUACAAGGCCGGUAUGUCCACGAUCGUCCGUGAUCUGGACCGUCCCGGUGCGAAGCUGCACAAGAAGGAGAUCGUCGAGGCUGUCACCAUCAUCGAGACUCCUCCUAUGAUCGCCGUUGGUCUCGUUGGUUACAUCGAGACUCCCCGCGGUCUCCGCUCGCUCACCACCGUCUGGGCUGAACACUUGAGCGACGAGGUCAAGCGUCGCUUCUACCGCAACUGGUACAAGAGCAAGAAGAAGGCCUUCACCAAGUACGCCAAGAAGCACUCCGAGUCCUCCGGCCAGUCCAUCACCCGCGAGCUUGAGCGUAUCAAGAAGUACUGCACCGUCGUCCGUGUCCUCGCCCACACCCAGAUCUCCAAGACUCCCCUCAAGCAGAAGAAGGCCCACCUUAUGGAGAUCCAGGUCAACGGUGGCUCCAUCGCCGACAAGGUCUCCUACGGCCACGGUCUCUUCGAGAAGCCCAUCGAGAUCUCCUCCAUCUUCGAGGACAACGAGAUGAUCGAUGUCAUCGCUGUCACUAAGGGUCACGGAUACAACGGUGUCACUGCCCGUUGGGGAACCAAGAAGCUUCCGCGCAAGACCCACAAGGGUCUCCGCAAGGUUGCUUGUAUCGGUGCCUGGCACCCGGCUCACGUCCAGUGGACCGUUGCCCGUGCUGGUCAGAUGGGUUACCACCACCGUACCUCCGUCAACCACAAGAUCUACCGUAUCGGCAAGGGUGAUGAUGAGGGUAACGCCUCCACUGACUUCGAUGUCUCCAAGAAGCAGAUCACUCCUAUGGGUGGCUUCGUCCGUUACGGUGAGGUGAAGAACGACUUCGUCAUGAUCAAGGGUGCCUGCCCCGGUGUCAAGAAGAGGGUCAUGACUCUCCGCAAGUCUAUGUUCACCCACACCUCCAGGAGGGCUCUCGAGAAGGUCGAGCUCAAGUGGAUCGACACCUCCUCCAAGUUUGGUCAUGGUGCUUACCAGACCCCCGCCGAGAAGAGGCAGUACGAGGGUACCCUCAAGAAGGACCUCCAGACCCCUGCUUAGAAGUGUUCUGGCAGUUGUUAGGUGUUUCUUUUCAAAGGCUCUUUGGCGAAUGGGAUAGGUGCAAUGCAUGGAUGCCAAUGAUCAUGAGCGUCUAAUGCAAAAAAUUUAACGAUUCCCC